AUGGCGACCAGAGGUUUUAGGAGAUAUCCUUUAUUAUUUUUCUCCACCUUGGAAGAAUGUCUUGAAUUCGAAUUCACAACUAGCACUAUUGAAAAAAUGUUGCCGAUAGUUUCGAAAUUUAUUCCGAGUACAGAAAGACUACCUGCAGUCAGAAUCCGUGAGUAUGCAGAAUGUAUUGUACCUAGUUACUCGGACGGUUCAUUUCGUUCUCAUUUUCGUCUCACACGCCGCAGUGCAGAAAUUUUGGUGGGUCUUUUAGCUCGUUGUCCAGAAGUUCCAAGUCAGCACCUGAGAGGACGACCUCCAGUGAGUGUCGAAAAGCAAUUACUCAUAACACUUUGGGUUUUGGGCAAUCCAGAAGUAAUACGGUCUGUAUCUGAUCGGUUUAACGUGACCAAGUCCAGUGUGUUUAGAAUUGUGAGACGUAUUUGUCGUGCGAUUGUAAAUAAUUUGGCUGCACAAUUCAUUUGCUGGCCAAAAGGGGAUCGUGUGAAAAAGGUGAUGGAGCAGUUUCAGAGAAAACAAGGUCUUCCACAUUGCAUUGGUGUUAUUGAUGGAACCCACAUACCGAUCAAGGCUCCUUAUGACAAUCAAGAGCAGUAUGUAAACCGAAAGAAAUUUCACUCUCUGCAGCUUCAAGGUGUGUGUGAUCCUGACCGAUUUUUUACUGAUGUUUAUUGUGCUUAUCCUGGGUCUGUUCAUGAUGCUCGUGUCCUUCGAAAUUCUCCAUUGUACCAAGAUGCAGAACAUUUGGAAUCAGAAAUGUUUCCAGGAAGUGCUUAUAUCAUUGGUGAUGCUGCAUAUCCUCUUAAAACCUGGCUCAUGACUGGUUUCAAGAACAAUGGCAAACUUACCAGAGAGCAACGACACUUCAACUACCGCCUAAGCUCUACACGCAUGAAAAUCGAGCACACAUUUGGUCUUCUCAAAGGGCGAUUCAGGAAGUUAAAAGUAAUGAUGGAUGUUGACAAGGUGGAAGAUAUUCCUCUUCUUGUAACUUCUGCUUGUGUAUUGCAUAAUUUUUGUUUAAUGAAUGAAGAUAACGUAGAAAUGUUUUUAGACUUGGAUCACGAGCAAGAAGUGAACAAUUUUCAAAACAUUUUUGUUGAGCAAGAAAUUGCUGUAAAUAAGAGAGCUGAAAUCAUGCACCUCAUUGUUUGA